AUGUGCGCCGCGAUAGAUAUGCUCGCGUCCGAGCAAAUGUUCUACAGUAGGAGUCCGCCCGCCGGUUUCCUAACUGACUACACACCGCAAGUUAGACGGCCUACUAAAUUAUCCACUAGAGGCUACUCAGCGCCGUGUCUUUCCCUUCUAAAGCCGGUUCAGUUGACUUUAAAGGCGGCUCCGAGAUCGUGCAUACGUUUAUCAAGUGAUAAGAAGAAUAAGAAAGUGGUUUUCGCUGAUGACAGAGGGUAUGCGUUGGAGCAGGUCAAGUUUAUGACGGAACCGUCUCACGUACCUCCAUAUUGGGCGUUAAAAAUCGUGUCAAGUCCGCCGUCGGAAAGAAAGGCGUCUCCUAAAGCGAUUGUGGAUCUAUGGGAGCCGAGGUUCCCUCAACCGGCGUCCAAUUAUUUAGAAUUCAGACGCUCGAUAACUGAGAAUUGUAUUUCGUUGGAGAAUGUCAUUAUAAAGCAGAAUGAGUGUGCUGUGGACGGUACAGUUAAAGUGAAGAACUUGGAUUUCAAUAAAGAAGUAUUCGUCAGAUCGACCUUGGACGGCUGGAGCUCGCAUGAGGACACGUACUGUGAGUUUGUGGAGUCAGGACCUGCUAAUCAGAGCGGUAUUUCAAGCUACGAUACAUUCGGCUUCAGAUUACAAUUACCAAUACACUCCAGACGCCUGGAUUUCUGUGUGUGCUACCGCUGCAAAGGCUGCGAGUACUGGGACAAUAAUAACGGCUCGAAUUACACUAUAGAGAAAUCGUCAGUGAAAAAAAUGCCAGCCAUCGCGUGUGCCAGGAUCAAUUAUGGCAAUUCUUGGACGGAUCGCGCCAGCCACAACGGGAACACUCCGUAUUGGUGA